UCAGAGAACCUUUUAUUCUAUAUCUACGGCAUUCAUUGUUCUGCGAUAUCUAAUCUUUUCGUAAAUACUUGCGAGUUAAUAGGGGUUAAUAGUCCACAAAAGUCUUCCAUUAAAGAUGUACCCAAUAGCCCAGCUAGUUAAAAUUUCUUUGCCCAAUUAUUUUUCGAAUUUACCUAUACCUGAUUCCUUUGGAGGUUGGUUUAGGUUAGGCUUUAAAGAUUGGUUGGCUUUACUUCCUCCCACAGCUGCGACGGCUGGUGUUGGUUAUUUGGCUUAUAAAGCUUUCUGCCCGAAAGCCAGGCAGUCCUCCUCGAAAAUAAAUCAUUCAGUUCAACUGUCAAAUCCCAAGGUAGUUGAUGCAAUUGAUGUGGAAGAUAUUGUUGAAAAAGCGGCCUUUUGCAGAUGUUGGAAAAGUAAAAAUUGGCCAUAUUGCGACGGAUCUCAUGCAGAUCACAAUAAAGAAACAAGUGAUAAUGUUGGGCCUGUGAUUGUGAAGAAAUCUAAAUGAAUGAUUUAGUUAAUCAUUCUGAAUAGGGUAGAAAUGUUAAUAUGUUGGGAUGUUUAACUUUUGCUGCUUUUUAAAUAAAACGAAUAUAUGUUGUCGGAA